GACGUAUACAGGCUGAAGCGCGAGGGUUGCAGGAGGGGGCGCUUCUCUCUUCGAGCAGGUCCCCCGUUGAGAGCACGACUUCAGUCUGCAGCGAGCAGGUCCCGCCACUCACCACUCAGCCUGCAGCGGCCAGUCCUGCCAGUCCCCCCUCAUUCCCAGGCAGUCACCACUCAGCCUGCAGUGAGAAGGUCCCGCCAGUCCCCCCCCUCAGUCUCCAGCGACCAAGCGGGGAGCGGGGUUACGGUACCGGCACAGCGACAGGAUACCUUGGCAUUGUAGGUGCCAUGGAGCGCCGAGGACGUUUAGUGGCACUUUACGUCGCGUUCACUAGUUUUUGGUUGCAGCUGCCUGGCGCACUGGCGUUCAACCUGGACGUCCACAAUGUGAUCAGGAAACAAGGGGAACCCGGGAGCCUGUUCGGCUUCUCUCUGGCCAUGCACCGGCAACUCAACCCGGAUAAAAGAAUGCUGCUGAUCGGGGCACCGAGGGCCAGAGCGCUGGGCAACCAGAGAGCCAACAUCACCGGGGGGCUGUACAAGUGUGAGCUGACCCUCGCCCUCCAGGACUGUGAACGCAUCCAGUUUGACAACGAAGAGGACGUACGCACAGAGAACAAGGAGAACCAGUGGAUGGGGGUGACGGUGCAAAGCCAGGGCCCCGGCGGGAAGAUCGUGACCUGCGCCCACCGGUACCAGCGGCGUCUGAACGUCAACACGCUGCAGGAGUCCCGGGACAUCACGGGCCGCUGCUACAUGCUGAGCCAGGACCUGAGCAUCGACACCACCAACGACGAGGACGGCGGCAACUGGAAGUUCUGCGAGGGCCGGGCCCGCGGCCACGAGAGGUUCGGCUCCUGUCAGCAGGGGCUGGCUGCCACCUUCACCAAGGACUACCACUACGUGGUCUUUGGGGCCCCCGGUGCCUACAACUGGAAGGGCAUCGUGAGGAUGGAGCAGAAGAACAACACUCUGCUGGAGAUGGGGAUCUAUGACGACGGCCCCUUUGAAGUAGGGGACGAGAACCUGUUGGAUCCGGAUCUGGUCCCGGUGCCCGCUAACAGCUACCUGGGCUUCUCCCUCGACUCGGGCCACACCCUCACCAGGGGCCCGGGGGUGACCAUCGUGGCCGGGGCCCCCCGGGCCCAUCACUCCGGGGCCGUGGUCCUGCUGAGGAAGGAGAGCGAGGGGUCCACCCGUCUGUCCCCGGAGUUCAUCCUGCAGGGCCCGGGCCUGGCGUCCUCCUUCGGCUACGACGUGACGGUGGUGGACCUGAACGGGGACGGGUGGCAGGACAUCGUGGUGGGAGCCCCCCAGUUCUUCCUGAAGGACGGGGACGUGGGCGGGGCCGCCUACGUCUACAUCAACCAGGCGGGCAGGUGGGACCGCGUCACGCCCGUCCGCCUCAACGGAACCAAGGACUCCAUGUUCGGGCUGGCGGUGGAGAACAUCGGGGACAUGAACCAGGACUCGUACCAAGACAUCGCAGUGGGAGCUCCGCACGACGACGCGGGGGUGGGGAAGGUGUACAUCUUCCAUGGGGCCGCCCACGGAGUCAACACCAAGGCUGCACAGAUCCUUUCAGGAAAGCCGAACGACAUCCAGCUAUUUGGAUACUCUCUGGCGGGGAAUAUGGACCUGGACGGCAACUCGUACCCAGACCUGGCAGUGGGCUCGCUCUCGGACACAGCUCUCAUCUUUAGAGCAAGGCCUGUCGUGAGCAUCAAGACUGAUCUCAAGAUAACACCGAAGGAAAUCGACUUUUCAAAGAAAACCUGUGGCAACAAUGUGUGUUUCACCAUAGAGGCAUGCUUCACUUACAAAGCGAACCCAGCCACAUACAGCCCCAAACUAACCAUCAGCUUUGCUAUUGAGGCAGAGGGCUAUCGGAGGAAGCAGGGCCUGCUGUCCAGGGUGGUGUUCCUGGACCGGUCCCCCUCGGACCAGGAACACCAGUCCUCUGGGACCCUGGACCUCCGCGGCCAGAACAAGAAGAACUGCUUCAAGGCCAAGGUCAAACUCCAGGAGAACAUUAAGGACAAGCUCCGAGGGAUCCCUGUGGAGGUCUCGGUGGGCGUGGUGGGCACCAAGCGACACAAGAGACAGCACGAGCUGCCCGCCCUAGUGCCCAUCGUGGACCCCUCUCAGCCCAGCAGGGUGGCCGCCGAGUUGAACUUCCUGAAGGAGGGCUGUGGCCGGGACAACAUCUGCCAGAGCAACCUGCAGCUGCACUUCAAGUUCUGCUCCAAGGAGAACAACCAGGAGGUCUUCACACCGCUGCCGAUUGAGAACGGGACGCCGGUGUUCUCGAUGAGCGAGCAGAAGACGGACCUGGCCCUGCAGGUGACCGCGAAGAACCGGAACGGGGACGACGCGCACGAGGCCAAGCUGGUGGGGAGCUUCCCCGAAUCGCUCUCCUACUCGGGGUUCCGCUCCCACAACCCCACGAGGGAAAAACAAGUAAUCUGCAUCGCCAAUCAGAACGGCUCCCAGUCGGAGUGUGAUCUGGGGAAUCCACUGAAGAGGGACUCGGAGGCGACAUUCUACAUCAUCCUGAGCACGGCGGGAAUCUCCUUCGACACCACAGAGAUCAGCAUCGACCUGCUGCUUCAGACAACCAGUACACAGGAGGGUAUCGCCAAAGUGAGUGCGAAGGCCAAAGUGGUCAUCGAGCUGGCCCUGUCGGUCACUGGCGUGGCGAGGCCCUCCCAGGUCUACUUUGGGGGCGUGGUGAAAGGAGAGAGCGCCGUAAAGACGGAGGAGGAGAUCGGCAGUUUGAUCAACUAUGAGUUCAGGAUCACCAAUCUGGGAAAGCCUCUGAAGUCCUUCGGAUCGGCCUCGCUCAACAUCCAGUGGCCGAAGGAGAACUUCGAUGGCAAGUGGCUUCUCUACCUGGUGAAGAUCACCUCCACGGGCCUGGCUGAGGUCCCCUGCACCCCUGAGACGGAGAUCAAUGCUCUCGACCACAUUCAGGAGUCCUCUGCAUCCAGGGCCAAGCGUUCGACCGGAGAAAGUCCAGGGGGUCAAAUUUCAUUGUUACUGGACCAGAGAAAGCGUAAAGUUUUGAUGUGUGGGAAUGGCUACGACGCCCGAUGUGUGGUGAUUAAGUGCCCCCUGCAGGUCUUGGACAGUACUGCAGUGAUCUCGCUGAGGUCUCGGUUAUGGAACUCAACGUUCCUGGAGAACUACGCUUCUCUCAGCUACCUUGACAUCAUUGUCAAGGCCUCUCUCAAGCUCGACAGUCCUGCUAAGAACAUGAUCCUGAGAGAUGCGGACACCCAGGUCAGGGUGACGGUGUUCCCAGAGAAGGCGGUGGCCCAGUAUGGCGGAGUCCCCUGGUGGAUCAUACUGGUAUCUGUCCUCGCUGGUAUCUUGAUGCUCUCCUUGCUGGUGUUCCUGCUCUGGAAGUGUGGAUUUUUCCGACGCGCCAAACCUGAAGAGAGCGUCCCGAAGUACCACGCUGUGCGCAUACGAAGGGAAUCUCUCACGUGCCCGGAGGGGAAGGUCAAGCUGGAGUUCUACGAGCGAAAGCCCUGGAUGACGAUCUGGAGCGAGAACGAGGGCUAUUCCUGAGAGAGGGUUACGGGAAGAUUCCAUGUACAAGGAGAAGGAUGAAACGCUUGUCUCUGCUAUCCCUUUUUAUUGGUUUGAGUAAUCAAAUGUGCUGAUUGGCUUGCAGACAGGUGAGGUGGGGUCUGGUUGCUUAAUUGACCUGGGUAAUGGUGGAGGUGGUCCACUCCUCCUUCUAACGUGAGUCAUUUCCAUUUAAGUUAUCUUUGAAAGCGUUUUUUUUGUCAAGAUUGUGAAAAUGAAGCCCGGUUUCAUUCCGUUUUUUACCGUCACAUUUCCUGAAGAUCCAAACUGCUGUUUAUUUGUUAAUCGACUGCACAGGAAGAUUGGGAAAAUAUUUUUUACAUUUGUAGAUAAACUUUGUACUCAUACUUGAUUCCUCAAAGUCCUGUCUGAAUAUUGAAAUGUAUAGAUUGCAUACUGUAAGUUUUGUAAAUAUUUCUUUAAUGUAAUACACUGUAUUUAUUGUUUUAUUCUCAAUCAACAUACAUUUAGCCAAAGAUUUUUGUUCAGGUAUCAAAGCUGCUUUUAGUUUUAGCUCAUUUUUCUGGAAUGUUUUUUUUCAUAAAACUGAAAAUAAAAUGAAUUACUGCAACAACA